GGGACUGUGCCAUUACCUGGAAAUUGUACCGACCACCCAAAGAACGACGCACAGACAGUUCUAGUCAUGCAAUAAACUUCCUCGUUUCCACGUCGGGUGGAUAUAUAAUUGAAGGGACGGCUUCCCACCCUGUACAAAACUCUUGCACAAGAUGGUGGCUACAAGGGCUGUGUCGUUUCUUUUUGCCUGCCUUUCUUUUACUCUAGUGCAAUCGUGGUCUGGGCACGUUUGCAACACCGUGAAAGUUCGUUAUGAGACCAGAAGUACCUGUCGGUCGUUUUUCUUAUGGUGCUGGAGCAGAGCAACGGUUACCUACCCCGUGUACUACUCAGAAAAUAUCUGCUGUCUCGGGUGGCGGGACAACUCAGGAGACCAGAACUGUAACAUCCCAAUUUGCACCCCAUCAUGCCAGAACGGCGGCACCUGCAUCGCUCCUAAUACGUGCCAGUGUACAACACAGAACUUGGUCAGUUCUGCGACCGCAGUACCUGCUCACAUCAAACUCCUUGUUACCCUGGAACAUGUAGGUGGGGUCCUCGGACUGUGACUGCACCAGCGGCUUCACGUCCACUUCAACUGCCUCUGAAAACUGCCUGACAAUUGAGGACAACAGGAACACGGACAUCAAGAUCUACCAGAUGCAAGUGCGCAUGUCCAAUUGGCCGCGCGGCACGACGUCCCCCAAUGAGUCCUACUACAUCAUGGCCGACUCAACCCAGAAGACCGACAUGGAUUUCUUCUGGUCCAAUAAGAAGGACUUUAACCGUCUGGAGACGAGCUGCAGCAGUCAGUUCUUGAUGCCAGACCUGCCUCUAAAGCCCAACUACAUCGGUAACGCAGGCUUCGGGGUGGUCAGCGGCCGGGUGGAGGUCUGGCUGUCCAAGUUACCCGUUAGUCCAUGGGAGCAGAGGUUCUCGUCUUUGAACAACACGUUUCCAUGCCAACAACAGGCCUCUAACACACAGCCUGUGAGCGGCUUGUAUGAGUGCAACCUGAAUAUCAAAAACUUUGAUAGGCUGCUGGAGCAUGGAGACUUUCUCAGGCUCACAUUUCGCACAGAAGGAGGAGGAUACCGAGAACUGUUGGACAGGAACUACGACCCCCCGAGGAGCUACGCCAUUCAGACUUACCGCCCCAUCAACAACAGUCUGUCUGUGGAAUUUCGUUUUGACUUCAGGCCGCCACACCACUGUGACGAAACUAACAGAUGCCAGUCAGGGGAAAAAAUUCUUGAAGUGCCAGACAUUACAAGAGUGGCGCCACUCACGAUAUCCUGGUUAGGGUGGGUGGAUGAUGACUCCAAGACGUACCGGUAUUCCAUGGAGGUCUUCAAGAUGACCCGCACAACCGACGACAAGCUGGAAAUCCGGGUGGACAGAGCGCUGAGACCUCUCAUCAACCGUGAGGUGUUCGAAGCCAACUACACCACCCAGGAAUACACUCCGCCCGAGCCGGGUAUGUACUCCAUUAUCCUGGAAGUAGGCGACAGGGCCAACAACACCAAGUACGUCCGACGGCUUUGUCUGUACGACCCCAGCUCGCAAAUAACCUCUGACCCCAGGUAUCGCCUCUACGUGACCUCUGCCAGUGAUGCGGCUAACUACAGUUACCAGAGUGACCUCAGUACGCCUGUCAGCAUCAACUGGACCAACUACUUCCGGAAUGCUCUUCACGAAGACAAUGCGCUGCUAGGUGAAGUUCUCGUGUACCCCACGCAACUGGAAAACGGAAAGAAAAACAUUCCUCGUGACGGACCUUUAGAUGAUCACCAAGGGAGUCGAACAGUGGACGCCAUUCCGAACGAAAGAGGAAUAAUCAAUUUUCAAGUAGCAUUUGCGAAAGAUCAUAAUGGUGGACGAUUCCAACCGUUGGCACCAGCCUUUCCUCUCUCUGGUUGGGCCAACCUUGGCCUUAAUACAUCUUACACACUACCUCUGGAUCUCAGUCCUAGUGAGGCCGACACGGUGACCUUGUGGGUCAAGGCCACAGACGCCAUGAACAACGUGAAGAUCGAACGUACUCAAGUGACCUUUGACUCCACGCCCCCUUCUGUACAAAAUUUAAAAUUUUACAUGAACGUGCCUGUACCAGGGGUGGACUUCAGCUCUGUUUUUGACCUGACGGUGCGAGACCCAGAAUCUGGCGUCGCCUACGUGCUGUGGACGUUUAGACGUAGUAAUGGAGUCAUUCUGUACCAGGAGAAAGUACCCGGGAAACGUGCAGAAACACAGACUUGUUCUCAGGAUUUCACCAAGUGCGAAUGCACCACAGCAGGACAUUGCUUCUACUUUAACCAAUCGUACGCCGUCAGCAACUGUCACAUGAUGGUGGAGAAGGAGAGCCUUCAGCACGAGACCAUCACCGUCACAGCUAACGUGACAAACAUGGCGGGACUUGUUAAUGUACUUACCUGGAUGCAAAGGGAUAUUACAGAGCUGAAUGGAACAAAAGCAUAUUUUCCACCUCAGAAUGUGAACGUUUCCCUCAUUACGAGCGACAGCGUGAUGGUAACUUGGACCUUUCCGCCAUCUUGUUUCAACCGCACUGCAUUGUGGGUAAUUGCUAACGACAAAAAGGUCCAGUGCACAGGGAUGCGACUGAAAAAAGAAGAAAGCAAUGGAUUUACGACUGCGUCCAUUAUUGGAAUCGUCAUUGGGCUGCUGAUCCUGGCGACCUUGGUGACCUUCAUCGUACUGUUUGUACUGUGGCGAAAGGGGAAGGUGCUGCAGCAAGGGGUGGCCAACGAGAGAAUGCGGCAAGUGUCAAACGCCUUCGACAACGUGCGCCGAAUGACCGUGAGCGCUGUUCGCCGCAGCGCGUUCUUCAACAACGCCUACACCACCGACGGUGACGAGAUCUAUCAAUAUGCGGGCAUGGCCUUCAACUCAAGACAGAAGUGGCAGUACGACAAAAGCACCUUGACACUCAUAGACCAGCUAACCGAGGGCAAGUUUGCCAGCAUCUACGAAGCCAGCAUCAGCGGUCUUAAGGGCACCGCCGUCGUCAAGAUGCUUAGGUGCGGCUUCACUGAAGACGACGCUCGCAAGAUGAUGGGGAAAAUUAACUUCUUCGCCACGCGCCUGGAAGAUCACGAGCACGUCCUCAAGUUUCUCGGAGCCGUCAUCGAUCAUCCCGCAUGGGGGCCCGUGAUGGUCCUAGAGUACUGCCAAGGUGGUCAGCUGGACCAGUGGCUCACUUGCAACAGACAGAACGUCAACGACGACGUCAUGGAGAACCUCUUCCGGUUCUCGCGAGACAUCGCGAGCGGCAUGCGACACUUGGCAUCCAAACAGAUCGUGCACAAGCGACUGGCGGCCAGGAACGUCCUGCUGACCGCUACCUGCGAGGUCAAGGUCGCUGGCUUUGGGCCUCAGUGCUGCGAAGGAGAUGGCGAUGCAGAAGCGGAGAACACAAGAAUUCCAAUCAAAUGGUCAGCACCGGAAGUACUAAUGAAAAAACCGGGCACAGAGAAGAGUGACGUCUGGUCGUACGGAAUUGUUCUCUGGGAAAUCUUCAGCAUGGGCCAAGUGCCUUACCCAAGUCUACAUUCGAGUGACCUCGGGCGAAGGCUCCAGGGAGGCUACCGCAUGGACAAGCCAGAGUUGGCUGACGACAUUCACCACGAGGUGAUGAGGGACUGCUGGCAGUAUAAACCGAACAGACGGCCAACUUUCAACACGAUCCACUCCACGUUGUCCAAGCAGUUCACGAACAGAACCAGCGUCGGCUUCUACUACGACACCAACGAGAUCAGCAGCGGGUUGUCUACGUAUUGAUGAAUUUCAUCAAGCCGAAAUUUGUCAGUAUGCCUGGCGGAGAUCUCACAAUGAAUGUCAGAAAACGCUGACUAGCAUGCAAGUUCAAAGAGGAUCGGGUGCUUUCAUCAUCAUUAACUGGAUUUACCAUUGACUGUACAUAAGCUGCACUGCUAAAAGUCUACCAAAGUGAACUCUCAGCCGCGAGAAGCUGUAAACGCUCAGGAAUCGGCAAGCCCUUUACAAAACCAACAUCCGGAACGAACUGAGGACUGGCAGCAUCAUAUUUUAAAUGUUAGCUUUGUUUGUCAAAUUUAAUUUGAAAACUAUUGCUUAUAUCUAAUGAUGCAUAUUUUAGUUGGUUUGAUAUAGCAUAGUUUAUUCUUACUUUGAUUUCCAUUUUAUUGUCUGCAGAAUGCAAAUAAUUAUAUCUGCUUUUUUGAGAGCAUUGCAGUGUUUCUGAUAUGUAAUCGAAUUGUCAUUUUAUUAAGAAAGAUGUCCUGCACUCUACAAACUUCUCUAUCUACCCGUUCGCGUGCAAGUACGAGAGUGAAAGAGAUUAGUUCUU